UGAUAGCCAACUUUCUUCAGUCAUCCACUGCAAUCAGUUUCUGUGGGCAGUAUUUUAGGAAACUGACAGACUUGUACUCACGUCCAGUGCCGUCGUCACAGUUAUUUGUUUUUGUUGCCAAAAGUCUUUCACAAGAGUUGGCAGUGUGGAAUUACGAUGACAUUGUGCGCAAAUGUGUCUGCCUGGCAAGUGGCGUGGACAGCUAUGUCGUUUUCCCCCUUCUGCACACCAGUGUACUACACUGAAUUGAAAGGAUUGGUGGUGAGUAUACGCAGCCAGGCUACUUAUAAAUAUAAGGGCGAAUCAGGAAGUCUUUGCCCUCAUUUUUUAUUAGCCAAGCUAAUACAGCUAAAUAUAAAUGUACGUGCUGUUCUAUGUACCCUACACCAUUUUUGCACAUAGUCCCCACACCAGUUCAGAUAUUCGUCCUAUUGCAGCACUAAAUUUGACAUUGCACUGUAGUAAAAUUCAUCUAGCUGACUGUGGAAUUACUGCGAAGACUGCUGUCUCAGCAGUUCAUGGAAGCUCAGAAAUCAGUGUUCCAUUGGAGGUUGUACAAGCCAGAAUGUGUCAUAGUCGGAGCUCACACAAACUUGAAAGAACCACAGUAAUUAGUGUAUACGGCUAAUGUGGAAUACAUAUACAUAGAAGUUUCUGUGAAGUGCGUGCAAACUUUAGCGGAACUCCGGACCCUUAGUUUUUUAAAGCAUAGGGCAAGCUUCUUAUUAAAUUCCAACAGGGGUCAAUUUGUGUUAAGGGUAGACCAAGCUUGUAUUAAGCCCUCAUGAUGCUGCAGGGGACAUUCAGAUGUUAUGAAACCAAUGGUACAUACCUUUUUUGGUAGUUUUUGCAACUUUUUCCGUGCAAGAACAAACAGUCCUAAUGCUUCUAUGUGCAUUUAUUGACUCUGGUGACUGUGUUACAUCACAGUGUAUUGUUGUAUUGUUACUUUUCAGCUGACCUAAUUGCCAGGCAGAAAAAGCGUCUUGCCUUUGACAGUUGCCAUUAUGAGCAAAAAGAGAGAUAGGAGGCCACCUAAGCGCCUGAUUGCAUCGGAUGAAGAAAGUGCUCAUGCUUCAGAUACUGAACCUCUGACACCAGUGCCAGGACCAUCAUAUAAUCCAGCAAGGUCUCAUUUCGACUUUGUUGCACAACCACCACCCCCAAAGUUUCGGAAGACAGCACAUUCAAAGGGCUCAGCUACUGCAUCACAGCCAACUGCACCUACCCUCCAACCACUUUUGACUACCUCGCAACCAUCGUCUGCCGCCAGCAUCCAAGCUGUCCUGAAAAUGCAAGAAAAGACCUUUAAAUUGCUGAAGGAGAUCAAACUCAAACUGGAAGCACUGGAGAAUGCUAUGGAGAGCUUGCAAAACUCGACUGAGCCUAACCGUACAGCGGCAGAUCCUAUUGAUGGUGCCCUGCUUGAUUUGCUUCCCUUGGCCGUUCACAGUGACCUGGAGGAACUUGAGCAGUAUCUUCGCACACCGAAAAAUAGGACUGAUCUAGAAUCUGCUCCAGAGUAG